AUGUCUGCACCGUCCCCGGGAACCUCAGCCCAGCCAAGGCGCUCUGCCUUAAAGACGGAUGGCGACACCGAGAGGGCGCCUCCUUUAAGCGCCCCGGUCAAAGCUGUUCAGAUCGCUGAGCCCGAGCCUUCACCUUCCGACGAGUCGCAGGUAAAGAAACAAUUCUCUGCGGGCAUCGCCAAGCGGCUUAGCGGACGGCCUCCUUUAUCUACUACCCCUUCGCGGUCUUCUGCUAUCAGUCAGUUUAGCAUGGAGAGCGGUCCUGAUUCUGCACCCGUCACCCCCGCCGCCUCUGCCGAAGAAGCCCCUAGCCACCAGGGUCAUUCUCAUCACCGUCACCGGCUGGAUCUGGGCACCGAGCGGCUUUUAUCCCAGGUAGCAGAGUGGCUCGAACGGGAGAAGAUUAAGAAAAAGCAGCAGGGGUCCCGGAGGCCCCAUAUACGACGGAGAUCACCACCGAACAAUGUCAACAUUCCAACCCCAGCCCCUGGCAGAGCCCGAGCCGACUCCAUCGAGUCCGACUCGAGCGAAGUGUCCCUCGACCGGCUGCAGAGAAUCCUAGACGACAACGUGGCCUCCUUGGGUUUGAAUUCCCUCUCGCAGCUCGUCACGCGCUUUGGGCGGAGGCACCGGAGAAAAUCGUCGAGCAGGACCCUCAGCCGGACCGCGUCGUCCGACACCGAGUGGUACGACGGCGACGUCGUGGUCCCGGGAUGUGAUGCCUUGCUCGACAACUCCAAGACCCUCGCCUAUACCGGUGGCAAAGCCGGCGCCGACGACUCUGCCUCCAUCUCGAGCCGCAAGGAGGAGAAGGAAAGGCAGAACUGGACCACCUUCAGAAAUGAAAUCAUCCGUCUGGCGCACACCCUACGGCUCAAGGGCUGGAAGCGCGUUCCGCUUGACAGCGGCGAGAGCAUCUCGGUCGAGCGCCUUAGUGGGGCUUUGACCAACGCUGUUUAUGUAGUGUCGCCGCCUUCUGACUCACUGCUACCCCGGGAACCCGGCAAGAAACAACCGGUGGAGCAUCUGAUCGACCGAGAGAACGAGCUGGGCGUGCUUAGGCGGCUUGCCCGGAAGAAGAUCGGCCCUCGGCUGCUGGGGACAUUCCAGAAUGGCAGGUUCGAGCAGUACCUGAAUGCCAACCCGCUCACCCCAGGCAGCAUGCGGGAACCCGAGACAUCCAGGCAGAUUGCCAAACGCAUGCGGGAGCUGCACGACGGGGUCGAGCUGCUUAGCGAGGAGAGGGACCAGGGACCGGGCGUGUGGAAGAACUGGGACAAGUGGCUCAAGCAGGUCGAGAAGACGGUCUUGUUCCUCGAUAGACAGAUUCUUUCCAAUUCCCAGAACCUGCCAGCCGCGCGCGGCUUCGUCUGUGGCGUGCAGUGGCCCGUCUUCAAAGCCCUCGUAGACAAGUACCGCCAGCAUCUAGAAGCCCACUACGGUAACGCCAAAAACAUCCGCGACAAGCUCGUCUUUGCCCACAACGAUACCCAAUACGGCAACAUCCUCCGCGUCCGGCCCGACGACCAGAAAUCCCCGCUCCUCCAGCCCGCCAACGAGCACAAGCAGCUCGUCGUCAUCGACUUCGAGUACGCCGCCGCCAACCUGCCCGGCCUCGAGUUCGCCAACCACUUCACCGAGUGGGCCUACAACUACCACGACCCCGUCCGCCCCUACGCCUGCGACACCUCCCGCUACCCGGCCCCGGACCAGCAGCGCCGCUUCGUCAAAGCCUACGUCGACCACCGCCCCCAGUUCCCCUACGUCGACUCCCCCGCCACCAGCCCCCCCGUGGGGCCCGGUCAUGGUCUCGCGUCGCCGCUGGUUAGUGGUGCGAGUAGUCUGCAUGCGGUGCCCUCGUCGAGCUCCAUUGUCGAGUUUAUGCUGGAUGCGCGCGUGCCGGCGGGGGGGUGGAAGGAAGAGGAGCGGAAGGGGGAGGAGGCGGUUAGGGGGGAGAUUGAUGCGCUGUUGGAGGAGACUAGGUUGUGGCGGACUGCGAAUAGCGCGCAGUGGGUUGCGUGGGGGAUUGUGCAGGCGAAGAUUCCGGAGUUGGAGGGUGGUGGUGGUGGUGCUGGUGCGGGUAUAGUGGGUGGGGAGGGGGGUGAGAAUGGUGCUGGGGAGAAUGGUGCUGGGGAGAAUGGUGCUGGGGAGAAUGGUGCUGGGGAGAAUGGUGCUGUGGAGGUUGGGGCGAGUGAGGGUGCGGGUGUGGGUGCGAAUGGGGAGGCGGAGAGUGAGGAUGGUGCGGAGGAGGAGGAGUUUGAUUACCUCUCUUAUGCGCAGGAGCGGGCGCUGUUCUUUUUGGGGGAUUGUGUGCUGCUGGGGCUGGUUAAGGCGGAGGAGCUGGGGGAGGAGGUGCGGGCGAGGAUUAAGUUGGUUGAGUAUUAG